AAGGUUUCUGCCCAAAGAACAUACGGGUUACAGAGAACUUGAAUCGGUUAUGAGAGGGUCUCUCUUUGUGUCUCUACUGUUGGGUGUCUUUGUCCUCUCGUUGGGCCAGGAUGAGACGACUGCUCCUCCACAGGACAUCACAAAAGCGAGGAUUGAGUCAUGUGGUGGAUGACGAUUAAAUUCGCUUCCAAAGGUGAAGCGUUUCAUUAGGGAGAUCCUCCCAACGUACCAAGGUGUCGAGAUCAAGUACAUUCCGGGGGCUUCACCCGAGGUUGUCUUCAGCAACGACAAAGAUGAGGAAGUUCAGAGGAUUGACAUAUCUGGUAUGAAUGAAGACGAAAUCGGUCAGUUGCUGGAAAAUCACGGCUUCCACAAGUCGAGCAAGCCUCCAGCAGAGGAACUAUAGACCCCAACAUGUGUAUUUUGUAUGAAUUGCCGCGUGAAGUCACUGUAUGACGCUGCCUUCUAGAAAGCUUUGAACUAGUUGAUAGCUGAUCUUUGUGACUACUAGCUGCAUCCUACAAUUGCAUUACAAAAUUUGGUCUUCUAUCUAGUUAGGAACCGCA